AUGGAAGUCGAAUAUACCCAAGGACAACUGAGAAACAAGGCCAACAAGUUGAGAGCACAAGAUGGUAGUUUCAAGAAGCUUCUUUCACAAACUGGAUUUGAUUGGGAUAAUGUCAAUAAAAGAGUGACCGUUGAUGAUCUAAGCAUAUGGGAACUUCAUGUGAAGGAUAAUAGUGAAUGGGCGAAGUUCAAGAAGGAUGGUUUUCCUCUUUAUCCCGACUUGUGCAUUGUAUUUGGUGAUACGUAUGCUACUGGAGAGCAAGCAACAGGAAGUGGUCCAAAUUUGACACUGUCGGAUGAUGAGGACAAUUGUGAAGAUGCUGAUAAUGAUGUACUAGAGGAUUUUGGUGAUCACCAUCUUGAUGAGGAAGGCUUCACAUUUGGCAAUCCUAGUACUCCAGUUCAUGAAAAGCACAAUAUGGAUAGGACUCCGAAUGCCAAAAGAAGAAGAAAGCGUAGCCAGUACAACUUAACCACAACAUGCAAGGCCAUUGAAGAUAUGAUCAAGUCCUCCUCAGCUACCUCAGAGCCACCCGAGAACCCAUUUUCUAUGGCCGCUGUGGUUAAGAUUCUACUUGCCAUACCCGAGUUGGAUGAUGAUCUUUACGCCAAAGGAGUGGACAAAGCAUGUGCUAGUGCCGAAUGGAGGAAGGCUUUCAUUAUAAGCACCCUCGAAAGGAGGAAUGCGCUCCUCCGAAAUCUUUAGUAGAUGUUGGGAAAUGUAUUAUGGAUUAUGUGGUGUUUGGUUUAAUUUCAUUUUAUGACUCAUCUCGUUGGUUG